GUGGCAGGUGUUCCUGGCUGAUGUCACUUUCCACGGUCACGUGACCUGCAGUGAGUCACGUGAUCGGCGCUCCAUUCUCGCCAUUUUGAGUCCAGAGUGAAACACUUUUACACCCCAGGAAUAAAAGCAGCGCAUCACGGGCACCGAGGCCAAAGAUCAGACACAACUGCCGCAUCAGAAUGGAGGACAGCAGUGGUGUUGCUGUCCUAGUGCCUCACUCUAGAGGCCAGCAGGAUACAGUCUUCAUUCCCGACAGACGUCUUCAUGGUGGCGAGGACCAGCAACGGCAGCAGCAAAAGCAGGCUGCAGACUCUCUUAUUCAGGUCAUUGAGAAGCUCAGCAAGAUUGUGGAGAAGAGGCCCAGAAGGUGUACCAUCUCUGGGAAAAAGAGACCUUUGACAACCUGUGCAUCUGUACCAGUUCCAGACAGCAGGGACUGCACUGAAGGGGCCACACCUUGUAAGAAACUCAGAGAACAAAGGGAAAAGCACCCAGCACCCAGCAGCACGCAUUUGUUCGAACGGGAGCCUUCAAGUCAAGGCACUCGGGCAGUUACGUGUUACCAGUGCAGUAUGUGUAGAUUUAUCUCACCUACAUUGGAGCUGUUGAAAGAGCAUCUGCUGCAGCAUGAUGAGCAGCACAGUGACCUCAUCCUAAUGUGCUCAGAAUGCCAGUUCACUUCGAACCAUCAAGAGGAGCUGGUGGCACACGUGAGACUCCACCUGGAGGAGGGCGACCAUGCUAGACGCAUCCUAGACGAGCAAGGCACAUCACUGGCAAGGAGCAUUCACCAAGGGAUGGCAGUUUUAAAGGCAGGCAACUUGGAAUCAGAGAACACGUCUACGCCGAAGAAGUGGUACAGCUUUGAGCAGAGUAGGUACCGUUGUCUUAUCUGCAACUAUGAAUGCAGACAGCAGCGCAAUUUGAAGACCCACGCGUGGAAACACGCUGGCCUGGUUGACUGCUCAUACCCAAUAUUUGAAGAUGAGACAGACUGCCCUGAUACUUUACAAAGCUCCAGUCCACCUUCAGCUUCAGCAGGUAAAGAGGAUACCAUUGUAGUUCUCGCAGCAGUUGGAGGAAAACCUCAGAUGAUGCAUGGCUCCUCCAGCCUCCAGCUAGAGCUGUGUAACUCACCAGAAGUGAAGGGUCAUGGGGAGACGGCAGCUUUGAAAACAGUGGAAAGCAAAAUGCCUGUGAUUAGCCACAUUUUUUCUAUUAAAGACCCCGAGGAGCCCUUAAUGGAGGUCCAGGUGACACCAGAGGCACAAAUGGAGUUGGAGUUGGAGACUGAGAGUCAACAGGCAAGCUCCGACAGCCUCCUGUCCUCUGCGCAGAAGAUUAUCAACUGCAGCGGCAACAGUGCCGGCCAUGUCAAUGUCAUUGUGGAACGCCUUCCCUGUGCUGAGGAACCAGUGUCAAGCAAACCUCUGCUCCUCAGCCCAGAAGUAGGAGGAGACAAAACCCUUCUUGCCUCUGAGGAGCCAGAGUUAGAGAGCCAGCACCACCCCGUAUACUACAAACAAAAGGAGGAGGUUGUGAUCGGCUGGGAUGGAGAAGAUCGACAAGAGGAGGAGGAGGCGGUGUCUUCGGGAUCUCCCUCAGAUGAAAACGUGCCACCAGUUCGGAGAAGGACUUACUCAGAGUCCCUUCGGCUGCAUUCUUUGGCCGCCGAGGUACUGGUGGCCAUGCCCAUGAGAGCCCCGGAGCUUAGCAAAACCACUGCGAAAGGUAUCCAUGACCUGAGUACGCAAAUCCCGGACACAGGCCAGAAAAUUAUAGAGAUUGCUGAUGCUGCCAACCCUAAGGUGUCCUCAGGAGAGCUCACCGGAGAGCCAGCUGCUCUACUUAACCUCGGCCUCCAGAGUUCAAAAGAUUCUCGAGAUGUGCUGGUCGAGGGACCCUCCAAAGCUGGCAUCAGCAUGUCUCUUUUGACUGUCAUCGAGCGACUGCAAGAGCGUUCUGACCAAAACACUUCAGAUGAGGACAUUCUGAAGGAGUUGCAGGACAAUGCCCAAAGCCAAAAUGCUGGUGGAGUUCCAGGGGGUGUUGCUGUGCCUGCCGAAGUUUCCUCUACAGACGGUCUGGUGGAAUAUAUAGGUGGGAGCGAGAGGCCCUACCGCUGUCGGCUGUGCCUGUACAGCAGCGGAAACAAGGGCUACAUCAAGCAACACCUACGUGUGCAUAGACAGAGAGAGCCCUACCAGUGCCCCAUCUGUGAACAUAUAGCCUGUGACAGCAAGGACCUGGAGCGUCACAUGAUCCACCACUUCAAGCCCCGCAUGUACAGCUGCAAACAGUGCACAGAGAGGUUCUACUACAAGAGUCAGCUGAGAAACCACGAGAGAGAUGGGCAUGGGAUAGACGACAUCAGCAACACACUGACCCACGUCGCUGAAAGCACAGCGGUCAUUGAAGAGUCAACCAGGAUGACAGAUGAGCAUUUGGUCGGUGAGCAGAGCGUUUUCAAAUGCGAUGUGUGCGACUACACCAGCUCCACAUAUGUUGGGGUGCGCAACCAUCGGCGAAUCCACAACUCUGAUAAACCAUACAGGUGCUGCAGCUGUGAUUUUGCCACAACUAAUAUGAAUAGCCUGAAGAGCCACAUGAAGAGACAUCCACAGGAACACCAAGCCAUGCAGCUGCUGGAGCAGUACAGGUGCUCGCUGUGUGGUUAUGUGUGCAGCCACCCACCAUCUCUCAAAUCCCACAUGUGGAAACACGCUGGAGAUCAGAAUUACAACUAUGAGCAAGUCAACAAGGCCAUCAAUGAAGCCAUUUCUCAGAGUAGCCGAUCUCCUACGACACCUCUAAAGUCAACAAAUGAGACUGGGAUGGAGCGUCCAUAUAUUGUCUUGACCAGAAAAGACAAACAGUCAUCUGACGUGGCUUCUGCUUCAGGUGGACAAGAAGGCAACCCCAUUAGGCCAUCAUCCACCAGGGAGCAGGCUGUAGCGUGGCGGAGCGGUUCGGGGCAGACGCGAGCAGGUAUGGAAUACUGUGUGCUGCUCUUUUGCUGCUGUAUCUGUGGCUUUGAGUCCACCAGUAAAGAGCAGCUGAUGGAGCACAUGAAGCAGCAUGAGGGAGAUCUGAUCAGCAUCAUACUGAGCAAGGAGCAGCAGGGAAUUCAGCCCACAGAGACCAGCAGCAGCCAGUGACACACACGUAUUCAUACAUACUGUUCUUGUAUCAUUUCUGCUUGGAUAAUCAACAUGAACAAUUUCAAAACCUUUUGUUUUCUAUUAAUCUACCUUUGUAUUGAUGUCACAGUUAGAUUCCGUUACUGUUAUUGACCAUGAACGUGUGAUUUCAGCGAAGUGCAUUCAAAUGGGUAACAAAUGAAAUGUAAUUUACUAGUUCAGCAGAGGAAAGAGUAACUUUUGUUGUGAAUUAUGCAAAUGAUGAAUUUCAAAAGCAUUGUAUACCUCAUCUGUUCAGAACAUAUAUCAUAGAGUCCACACUUUAUAAAAAAGGGGCAGCUUUUCUUGUUCACUGUAAUAUUAUUUAUAUCUAUAUUUCUAAUGUGCGUUUACCUUUAAGGAGGCACUUGCCGUGCCAUAUUUGAGGUGUAGAGAGACAGAUUUCUUUCUUGCUGUCUGUGUGUCAGUGUUUGCAUUGAUAUUUAUCAAACUAAUUUAUUUUAUAUGCAUGUUCCCCUCCGUUAUGUUCAUACAAAUUAGAAAAUUUGUUUCUAGUUAUCGUCUCUUUUUUUGGUGCUAUUGGUCUUGCGCUCAGAAAUGAGCGAAAGAAGUCAUUGGGAAUGUAUCUUAAAUUUGUAUAUAAACAUCAUAUAAUGAAUUUAAAUGUUCUCAUUGAAACAGCACAAGUGUAAAAUUGGCCCCAUUUAAUUAACUAUUGAAAACAUGCAGCAGGAAAAACUACAAAUAGAUAUAUGUAUAUAUUAUUAUUAUUAUUAUUAUUAUUACACAUAUUAAAAUCCAUAUUAAGCUAUUACAAAUUUAAAAUGCCAAAACUUAAAGACGUGUCUCACUUUUAAAUAUCCUUCAAUUCUUUUUAUGAGUAGGUUAUUGUAUUUGUAGGAUGUUUUUUCCUCUUAUUUUAUGAUGGUAAAAAAAGAAAGAAAAAAGCUACAAUUUAUAACUUGGUCAUGGGUUUAAAAUGAGAUUUUUCCAGAAAAAAGUAGUAGUAGGUUAUUGGGUUGUCACAAUAGCAGCGAUAGUAUCAUGAUACCAAGUAUCUCUAUUAUAGUGUGGAUCCGUUGUUAUAGCAGGGGCUGUUCUGUUGUAUUAUUUACAUUUCACACAAAAAAUGUUGUUGUUUAUAUAAUAUGUUUAUUAUUUUUAUUAUUAAUACUGUAAUAUAAUUAUAGUAUUAUAUAGUUAUAAUUUUUUCACUUUCAUGCAGCAUUGCAGUGCAUUUUUCAAAGAAACUCAAGGGAGACUUUAUAAAGCCAAAGCUUAAAUUUUGAAGUUUACUUUAAGAUUAUAUCAUCAGUAAUUGAUAUAAGAAUUACAAAUGAGCCUGAAAACUCUACGCUCACACUGUGACCAACAUCACAUUUAAGUGUGAACUGGUUACGGUCCUGAACUGACCUGCAUGCACAAAAGAACAAUAACAAAGACGGCGCAUAGCACGGAAUUAAGUCAGCAUUUAUGCGUUCAUUUAUAAGUUGAUGUGCCGUGGAAGCCAGCAAAUUUGUGCGCAAGCGAUAAGGAGGACGCAGAUGAGGAGAAAGACAGUAACGUUUUUCUUGUACAGUUUUUUUUUUUUUUUUUUCCUCAAGUUUUCGACUGUCACCGUAAUUCUUAUGAGUAUUACAGCUCAACAUCUCUUCACUGACUAACUUCACUUCCGUCUUCCAUAUUCACCAAGGGCUACCAUUAUGUAAAACCUUUGGAGUCCCAUAAGCGCAGAAUUGUGACGAAUGUUGAUCUAGAGUGACGUAAAAGGUGCAUUAUUUCCAAUGUGGCUGUUCAGACUGAAGUCGCAUUGCAAAACAUCAAACCUGUAUCUGAUUUAGGACCACGUAUGGAAGUGGACCAAAUCAGAAUUGAAAAGAUCAGAUUCCAUGUGAUUUGCGCUGUUCACACUGUUAUGAAAAAACAGAUCCAAGUUGCAUAUGAGCAAACAAAAUGGAUUUGGGCUAGUUAUGCCUGUGGUCUGAAUGUAGCCUAAAGUCCACCAAAUUCAUCACGAGGUGCUUGUGCGGAUUGCUUUCACAUUGUUUUAUUCCACAUGCGCUGUUUUUUUUAUUUUUGACACAUUGAUGCUUCAGAAAGACGUUUUUGGCCGUUAAAUGUCUGUCUUUUUGCUUUAUAAUACGCUGACAAAUUAAGAGUAAUUCAACUUUUAAUUCACGUGUUGUUUCGUUCUGUCUAGUGUCCUGUGUGAACAGCACCUUAAGCACUGGACUAAAAUACAUGCCAAUGCAAUGCUGAAAAUGAGCCAUGGGUGCCGCUCCACAACUGAGUUCAGCUCAAGUGCAUCACAGUACUAACGUUUAUGAAAUACUGGAACGGCGCCAGUAUUUUGAGGCUUGGGCAUCGUGAUACUACCAUAGCACAGAUAUACUGUGCAACCCUAGUAGUUGAGAUUUUGCUUUAUCACUACCUCAAAUGUACUACGCUUUGUCCCCUGCUCUGUUGACCUUGGCUUUUGAUCUUAAGGUCCCUCAGUCUGACUUUAUAUGCAGCAUAUUUUCCAAGGAAUGAUUUGCAUACACUUAAUGUUUGUAUGUCAACAGUUUAAAAUGCAAAAUUAGCAUGAUUUAAAGGGCAUCCAUAAUUCAUGCAGGCUCCACACUGCCCAGAGAAAUUAACUCUUAGGAAUUGAAUAAUAGGAAUUUACAUACACAAUUAUUAUGUUCUGAACUUAAUGUACUAAUUUACAAUUCAAACUGCAAGUGUCACAGAAAUAGUAACAUGGUCUGCAUAUAAAUCAUGUUACCAUAUGCAUCAUAAUGAAAAUGGAUAGGAAACAUUUACCAGUAUUGAAACUGCUUUCUCACUUUAAUUCAGUGUUUUGCCAUAUAAACAUCUGUUGAGUGUUUGUUUCAGAGGAUGCAUCUUGUUGUUUAUGUACGUAAUGAACACUUGCUUUCCAAGUAAUAUCAAAGAGAGAUUGAGCUUCCUAGUAGGGCUGCUCGAUUAUGGCAAAAAUCAUAAUCACGAUUAUUUUGGUCAGUAUUGAAAUCACGAUUAUUUAACACUAUUAUUGGUGGGUGAUAUGAUCAAAGUCUUAUUUCAUGAUAUGAAUAAUUUUAAAUGUCAGUGAAAUUUCGCAAUUAUCGAUACUUCAGCAAAAACUAAUACUAGGUUAAUUAUUGUAAGUAAAAAGUCCUCAAAACGGUUACAGAAGACAAGUAAACAGUCAGCAAUAAAAUAAGAAUAAAGAAACUAAUUACAAACAAAACCGACUUUGGGUUUUUCAGGAAGAUGUAGCCUACUAAAGGCCCCGAUGUACUUAAAGCGAAGUUCUUUUUCAUUCUUCGUUUACGGGUAAAACGAAGUUCAAAAUACAUGAGUAGCGAUAUACUGUAAUCAGACAUCUCACGCCGUCCACACUGCUGAGAGCGAUGGUUAGAUGAAUAUGUAAAAAUGUUGCGCGCUUUCCUCUCAGUAACAAAAUAAACACAACAAAAUUGAGAAAAUAGCAAGGUUUUUUUUUUUUUUUUAUAAUAAAGCAUAAGAAAAGCAUCUGAUUGUGGCAACAUGGAUAUGUUUGUUUGCACAAGCUCUGUAAUUCUGCACUCCAGUAAAGUCACGUCGCAUUUAUAUUAUAACACUUUAUAAAAUAGAUUGCUUAAAAUCAAGCAGCUUUAACAUAUUAAACAUGAAAAACUGUGUCAGUCUCUCAUUUCAUCAGAAGUACAAUUUCGUUUUCUACUAUAAAGCAGCUCUCCAGUGUUCAUGUUUUCACUCGCAGACAUCUGACUUCUACUGACUCGAGAGGAGAAACGAACUGGAAAAGAAGGCAGAGCCUCAGCGCACACCUACCUUACAUAAUGGCCACAGACCAAUGGUAGUAUUGGUAAUGGUGGUAAACUUUUCCAGAAAGUUCGCUUUGGCAAGCUGUUUCAAACUUCCAAAAUGAACUCCAAACGAACUUUGUUUCGGCCUGAUUUUGUUCGAAAUGACGUCACAUCAGUUCGUUCUUCGAUUUCGUUUGAAGUAUAUCGGGGUCUUAACAGUGGUAUUCAGAUAAGUAGCCUACAACAGAAAUUAAAUACUCAAAUGUAAAAUAAGACUCCUGUAUACAUUAAAUAUAGGCUAAUCCUUAUUUAAAACAACAGAAGUUAUUCAUUCAAGAGCAGUGAGUGAUUUUUGUCUUUUCUUGUUUGAUUAACAUUAAUGACUGCAGCAGUUAUUAAUAUUGGCUGCUGUCACUUUAAGAACUGCACGGAUCCAGUACUGUUACACACGCGUUUAAAACACCCUUUCUCAAAUGUUUGCAUUCACUUAAGACAUAACCGACUGUGUUUACGAAGAUACUUAUCAAAACAGCAUUUCGACAUAUUUGUGUGUAGUAAGAUAUGUGACCGUUUAGGCGCGUAUCUGAAGCCCACAGUAUACUUAGCUUAUGCGCGUUCCACCGCGUCUGGGAGCGUGCACACAGGAGGCCACCUAGGGAACAGCGUCUCUUUCGCGGCCUAAUGCACUUUUAAUAACUGUUUAAUAUCAAGCACGUCCUGCAGUUUACAUCACUCGCUUACUUGGCUGAGUUGGACGUUAAGUUUGGCUUAGGGAGGAACGAAAGCGCUGGAUGGAAUGCGGCAGCAGCACAAUAAUCAUUUUACCUUGAUUAUCUUGUUUUCAUAAUCGCUGGAAAUCGAAAUACGAUUAAUCGCACAGCCCUACUUCCUAGAAAGUCCAUGUUGUUUUCCAGCUGCAUUUCAUUUUCUGUAUCACUCUGCUGACGUAGUCCAAAUUGAUCAAGAACCUGCCAUUUGGUAUUAUCCCUUUUCUUUUCUCUGUGAGCAGGAAUUGGCAGACACCCUGUACACAUUGUAUUCCAGCAAUGUGCUUUAUUUGGAGUCCUAGCCGUUGUUUCUCACAUUUCUUUCUAGAACAAUUGCAAUACAUCUGGAAUGUAUUUUUUCUAAGGAUGCACAAUACGUUUCAAGUAUUCAGCUUCUGCAUUAGCAGGGCCUAGUGAGAUAAUUGUGUUGUCUUUCACAAUGAGUCAGAAGAUUUGGUAAUCAUCAUGAGGACAGCCUCUCAGCCACAAGUGUGCCUUCCAUUUCAACAACCUCAUCUUUAAUGGAGCUUCAGACGAGUUCAGAAAGAUAUAAGAAAUUUUUAGCCAAGUAUAUCUAGUGCUUUGGCAUCUUGGAUUCUGUAUAAUGUGCCCUCAAAAUUGUGUAAUGUAUUCGGUCACAUGGUACUGUAAAACGGUUUUGUAUGUGACUUGCUGUAUAUAUACUGUAGAAAACUGACAUUUUUUUUUAGAGGAAAUCUAUUUUUUAAAACUUGUAUAAACACUACAGACAGAAAAAGAAUCAAAAGGAAAGCAAUUGAAUCAAAAAAAUGACCUUUGACUCACCAAAGUGCAUCAAAGGGAACAGUUGGCAUUCGAAACUCCAAACAAGAACAUUGUGUAACAUGCUUCUAUGCCAAAGGAGAGAGGAGGGGAAAAAAAAAAAAAAACUUCUGAAUUUUACAAUCUAAAGGCCUCUCAGUGCUAUUUUCCUUUUCAAGCACAGAGUCCCAAAGGGCCCUGUUUUGAUAUUAAGUGUUCCGUUCACAAUUAUUUAUUUGUUCUUUUGAAACUGUAAUGUUAUGUUUUUUGCCAGUGUAUUUUUGGUAAUAAAGAAUGUGAACAACA